AUGGCCAAAACAUUCACCCGCGACGAAGUCGCCCAGCGCAACACCGACGACGCCGUCUGGUGUAUCAUCGACCACCGCGUCUACGACCUAACCGACUUCCUCGACGCCCACCCAGGCGGUAGCGUCGUUCUGCAACAAGUCGCCGGCAAAGAUGCCACCUCCGACUUCUACAACCUGCAUCGCCAGGAAGUCCUCGACAAGUACAAGGACACCCUCUGCAUCGGCACCGUCGCCGGCGAGACUCCCCAAAUCCACACCCCCGAGCCGGGCAGCUUGAGCGAGGUCCCGUAUGCGGAGCCCCUGUGGCUACGGAAGCAGUUCAAAAGCCCGUACUACAAGGAGAGUCAUAGGCGGUUGCAGAGGGCUGUGCGCGAGUUUACGGAUCGGUAUAUUACGCCCGAGGCGCAGGAGAAGGAGAAGGAUGGGACGUAUAUUAGUCAGGGGUUGAUUGAUCGGAUGGCGGAGACGAAUGUGUUGGCGAUGAGGCUUGGGCCUGGUAAGCAUUUGCAUGGGCGGACGUUGUUGGGGGGUGCGGUUCAGCCGGAGGAGUUUGAUUAUUUGCAUGAUUUGGUGAUUGCGCAGGAGUUGGUCAGGGCUAAUGCGAGAGGCUUCCAAGAUGGGAACAUGGCUGGUAUGGCUAUCAGUUUGACGGCUGUUCAGCAGUGGCUGCGGAAUGUUCCUCUUCGUGAGCGCAUCACCGAGGAAGUCUUGUCUGGAAAGAAGAAGAUGUGCUUGGCCAUCACGGAAGCUUUUGCUGGUAGCGAUGUCGCUGGUCUCAAGACUACGGCAACCAAGACCCCUGACGGAAAGCACUACAUUGUCAACGGCACCAAGAAAUGGAUCACAAACGGCAUGUUCGCCGACUACUUCGUAACUGGCUGCCGCACCGAAAAAGGCUUCUCAGUCCUCCUGAUCCCCCGCGACGACAACGUCGAAACCAAGCAAAUCAAAACCUCCUACUCCACCGCAGCCGGCACAGCCUACGUGCAAUUCGACAACGUCAAGGUCCCCGCCGACCACCUCCUCGGCGAAGAACACAAGGGCUUCAUCGUGAUCAUGAGCAACUUCAACCACGAGCGCUUCAUGAUGGUCUGCGGCGUGGUGCGCAUGUCGAUGACCGUCGUCGAGGAGUGUCUGAAAUGGUGCAACCAGCGCAUCGUCUUCGGCAAGAAACUCGUCGAACAACCCGUCAUGCGCCAGAAACUGGCCCGCAUGAUCUCUCUCUGCGAAUCAAAUCAGGCUUGGCUCGAAUCUAUUGCCUACCAGAUGUGUAACAUGACCUACGCCGAGCAAGCUAGCAACCUUGGCGGUCCGAUCGGUCUCCUCAAGUCCUUUGCCACGCACUCCGCGCAGGAAAUUGCUGACCAUGCGACGAAUAUCUUUGGUGGUCGUGGUAUCACGCAGACGGGUAUGGGCAAGGUGAUUGAGAUGUUCCAUCGGACGUACAAGUUUGAUGCGAUUCUGGGUGGAACGGAGGAGAUUUUGGCGGAUUUGGGUGUCAGACAGGCUAUGAAGAAGUUCCCGAAGGCUAUGCUGUAG